AUGACUCAGGGUAGAGGUACAGGUCGAGGAAGCAUAGGGCAUGCGGGAAAGUCAGCAGGUAGGAGUAAUAUUCUUGUUCUUGCUGCAAACAUGCCUACUAUUUCCACUCCUACAGUUGCACCUCAAACAGCUGGUGGCAUAGGUGAGGACGUAUCUCGUAGCAACACAAAUGGAGAAGAUAAUUCCAGUGGGAGCCAUGUGCGGACCCUUGUUACUAUAAUUUCUACAGGAUUGCAACCUUCUAAAGUAUACUCCAAUAGCAUACAUGAGUCUUUCAAAAGUGAGCUUGAUCACAAUAGAGUCAAUUGUAAAGGUGUCUCAUGUGAUAUAAAAGAUGGCUAUUUUGGGGAAUUCAAGAAACACUUCUAUUGGGAUUCUUCCAUUAGUGAUGGUGCAGUAAAGAAACAAUGGCAGAGUAAGGCAGCAACUGUGUAUAGAAAUUUCAUUGCUAAAAUCAAAGAGAAUGGGAUUAGGCAAGAUUUUAUACCUAAAGAUGUCUGGGAAAGCUGGCAGCAACUUUGGAUAGAUCCAAAGUGUGUUGAAAAGUCAAAAAUAAAUGUGGAGAAUCGUCGUGGCGGCAAAGAAGUCGCUACUGGAACUCACACGGGAGGAUCUAUCUCAAUUGGAGAGUACCGAAAGAGACUUGAAAGAUUUGAAGAAAUAUGCGAGAAAAAACAUUAUCAGAAUCUGUUAUUGAUCAAAUUGAAGCAUAUUACCAAGCUGCCGGAGGAGAAAAGAAGUGAAGAGUAUUUGGUCUUGGAUCUGAAGCCCAAGGCUACUACGGGCAAACUUUUUGUGUUUCUUGUGGAAAGACUUCAUCUUCAGCUUCACAUGAAUUGGUACCAGCUGCAGAUUCAGAAUUGGAUGUGUUUGUGAAGCGAUUGAUUUCCACACUUAAAAAUCAAUUUAUUCCUAUUGUCAUUGAGGAGGUACAGAAUUUGGUUUCUUCACCAUCAGUUGUCACACCUCCGUCUACUACUUUGGACGAUCUUGAUUCCUUAGAUGAUGAUUGCAAUGAUCUUGAUAAGUUGUGAUACUUUUGACGAUCAGUGCAUUGAUUUUUGAUGCUCAAUUUUGUUGAAAUAUUUAAAAUUGUGCAACAACAAUUACACUUGAUGGAUGUAAGUAUUGAGGAUGUUUUGGACAUACUAAUGUUUUUACAUGUUGCUAUGUUUGCUAUUGAGGAUGUUUAGAUUUUUCUAUCUAUAUAUGUAGAUUCUUUUA